GAGCAGAGAUGGGAAACAAACCCUCAAUCCCCGAUGGUCGUCCUCUGAGGAUUGUGCUGAUUGGGAAAACUGGUGUUGGGAAGAGUGCCGUUGGUAACACCAUCUUGGGAAAAAAUCAAGAAAUUUUUAAGUCUGAUGUGAGUGCAGAGUCGGUGACGGAGACCUGUGAGAUAGAAAGAGUUGAAUGUUCCAGAAAGAUCCAUGUGGUCGACACUCCUGGAAUUCUGGAUACGUCUAAAAGUGCAGAACACAUAAAGAAAGAGAUCGCAAAAUGCAUCCAGAUGACCUCUCCAGGCCCUCACGUCUUCCUGCUGGUCCUUCAGAUCGGCAGGUUCACCAAAGAAGAACAAAACUGUGUUCAGGCCCUGGAGAAGAUGUUUGGACCGAAGGCAUCGAACUACAUGAUCGUCUUGUUCACUCAUGGCGACAAGCUGAGUCAGCAGGGCAUAAGCAUACAUGAAUAUCUGCGAACCGGCCAUGAGAAACUCAGAGAGGUGCUGAACAGGUGUGGCAACAGGUGUCACGUCUUCAACAACAUGAACAAGGACAGAACUCAAGUGGUGGAGCUGAUCCAGAAGAUUGACGAGAUGGUGGCAGCAAACGGAGGAUCGUACUACAGCGACAAAAUGUUUGAAGAGGCCAAGAAGAUUCUGCAGCAGAGUGAAGACAAAGACACAGCAGAGCCACUGUUUCACAACUUAUCCUUCAUGGCUGAGCUGCUGGAAAGGAUACUCCUGUUUCAAGCCAUACUGGCUGCUGUGUCAUUGGAUGAUGAUGACAAGAACCCAUGAUCCUUCAUAUAACUCCAUGAUGUGGCCUUAAUCUGAUGUAAAUAAUCUUAAUUUCUUUAGUACAGUCACAGUGGAUUCAGACACAAACAUCAUUAUCACUUCUCAAUCAAUAAGAUAUGUUUUAUGAUAAUUAUUAAAUCAUUUAUGUCGUUUAC